AUGGGCAACAAAAUCACCGACGAGCUCUUAUCCACCGUCCGUUCAAUCGUCGAUUCCGGCUACUCCGACAUGGACAUAAUCCGAGCCCUUCACAUGGCCAACAACGACGUCACCGCCGCAAUCAACAUCAUCUUCGACACCCCCACUCUCAAAUCCUCCAAAGCAAGACCCGAUUUCCCCAACAGUCCCAGAAUUCCGAUCCCCGAAGCCGCGAAUUCGAAGCAGAACGGCGGCGAUUGCGCCGCCAGUUCCGGCGAUGACGUCGUCGCUGACGUGGAGAGGCCGCUCGGCGGCAGCGAGGAGUGGUGGUUGGUGGGUUGCGGCGAGGUGGCGGGUUUGUCGACGUGCAGAGGGAGGAAGAUCAAGGCCGGAGACGUAGUGGAUUUCACAUUUCCUCAAAAGAUUUCGCCGUCUCCCGGCAAGGCUUUUGGCCGGGGACGGCCGGCGGCGGCGGCGUGUUCGGAGAUUGUGAGGUUCUCUACGACGGAUUCCGGGGAGAUUGGACGAAUACCGAAGGAAUGGGCUCGGUGUCUGUUGCCACUUGUGAGAGAUAAGAAGGUCAAAAUUGAGGGGCAUUGUAAAUCUGCUCCGGAUGUAUUGAGCAUUAUGGACACCAUUCUCUUGUCUAUAAGUGUGUAUAUCAAUAGUUCUAUGUUCCUUAAGCAAAAGCAGACCUCGCUUAAGGUAGCGAGUAAUUCCACAGAGGAAACAGUAGUUCAUCCUCUCCCGACAUUGUUCCAGUUGCUAGGCCUAACUCCUUUCCAGAAGGCAGAAUUUACUCCCGGUGACUUGUACACGAGAAAGCGCCCUUUAGACCAAAAGGACAGUUCUGGGGUUUGUGCCUCAAUUGUACAUGCAAUAAAGCAUAAAAAUCCUUCUAUAAAUGAAGGUGAAGUUGAAAACGAGGAAUGUAUUUCGGAUGCUGAGGUUGAUAACAUCGUUGGGGUUGGAGAUUGCUCUGAGUUAGAGGAAAUGGAUCCUCCUGCUGCACUUCUGUGUGAACUUCGUCCGUACCAAAAGCAGGCUCUUAAUUGGAUGAUCCAACUAGAAAAGGGUAAAUGCAUGGAUGAGGGAGCAAUGACUCUUCACCCUGGUUGGGAGGCAUAUCGUCUUGCAGACAAGAGGGACCGUAUUAUAUAUCUGAAUGCAUUUUCUGGUGAUGCAACAACAGAAUUUCCAAGCGCACUUCAAAUGGCCAGAGGAGGAAUCCUAGCUGAUGCUAUGGGCCUGGGGAAGACGAUUAUGACAAUAGCACUCCUUGUUGCUCAUUCAGGACAUGGACCGUCGGGUAGUCAACCUAUAAGCCGGUCCUCCUUUGAAGAUAUUGAAGCCAGUGACAUGUCAGACCAUUCCUCAAAACUCCCAAAGGCGGUCACAAAGUUUUCAGGAUUUGAUAAGUUGAUGAAGCAAAAAAACAUGCUUGCAUAUGGUGGCAGUUUAAUUGUAUGUCCUAUGACCCUUCUAGGCCAGUGGAAGGCAGAAAUUGAAUCUCAUGUGCGUCCUGGAUGUGUAUCAGUAUAUGUUCACUAUGGACAAAGUAGACCAAAGGAUGCAAAUCUCUUAGCUCAAAGCAAUGUUGUGAUCACUACAUAUGGAGUUUUAGCGUCAGAAUUUUCCACAGAGAAUUCUAAGGACAAUGGGGGACUUUUCUCAGUUAGUUGGUUUAGAGUGGUUCUUGAUGAGGCACAUACCAUAAAAUCCUCUAAAAGCCAAAUCUCUAUUGCUGCUGCUGCUUUAGUUGCUGGUCGCCGAUGGUGUCUUACUGGCACCCCUAUACAGAACAAUUUGGAGGACAUUUAUAGUCUACUCCGAUUUUUGAGGGUAGAACCUUGGGCAAAUUGGGCUUGGUGGAAUAAACUCAUCCAGAAACCCUUUGAGGAAGGUGAUGAGAGAGGGUUAAAGCUGGUUCAAUCUAUCUUGAAGACGAUUAUGUUAAGGAGAACCAAGUUUAGUACCGAUUGCGAAGGCAGGCCUAUAUUAGUCCUUCCUCCUGCUGAUAUUCAGGUGAUAUACUGUGAACUCACAGAAGCAGAAAAGGACUUUUAUGAGGCCUUGUUUAAAAGAUCAAAGGUGAAAUUUGAUCAAUUUGUUGAGCAAGGACGGGUUCUUCAUAAUUAUGCAUCCAUAUUGGAAUUACUUUUACGCCUUCGCCAAUGUUGCGAUCAUCCAUUUCUUGUGAUGAGUCGAGGUGAUACACAAGAAUAUUCAGAUCUGAAUAAGCUUGCUAGACGGUUCUUAAAAGGCAGCCAGAAUUCUGUGGAAGGGGAAGCCAAAAAUUUACCUUCACGGGCUUAUGUUCAAGAAGUUGUUGAAGAAAUACGCAAGGGGGAACAGGGAGAGUGUCCCAUAUGUCUUGAAGCAUUUGAAGAUGCAGUAUUGACACCUUGUGCUCAUCGCUUAUGCCGUGAAUGUCUCUUGGCUAGUUGGCGGAAUUCAACUUCCGGCUUAUGUCCGGUUUGCAGGAAGAGUGUAAGCAAGCAAGAUCUUAUUACAGCACCAACUGAGAGUCGGUUUCAUGUUGAUAUUGAGAAAAACUGGGUGGAAUCAUCCAAAAUAGUUAUUCUUUUGCGUGAGCUUGAAUGUCUUCGUUCAUCAGGCUCAAAGAGCAUUGUCUUCAGCCAGUGGACGGCCUUUCUAGACCUCCUGCAGAUAUCUCUUUCUCGGAGUAACAUUCCAUAUCUUCGCCUGGAUGGGACUCUCAGUCAACAGCAGCGCGAGAAAGUGUUAAAACAGUUUUCAGAAGACAGUGACAUUCUGGUGUUGCUAAUGUCACUGAAGGCCGGAGGAGUUGGAAUAAAUCUAACAGCAGCAUCCAAUGCCUUUGUCUUGGAUCCAUGGUGGAAUCCAGCUGUAGAGGAACAAGCUGUCAUGCGUAUUCAUCGCAUUGGACAAACAAAAAGUGUGAUGAUCAAACGAUUUAUCGUGAAGGGAACGGUCGAGGAAAGAAUGGAAGCAGUUCAAGCUCGUAAACAGCGGUUAAUUUCUGGUGCCUUAACAGACCAAGAAGUUCGAACAGCUCGCAUAGAGGAACUAAAGAUGCUUUUUACUUGAGAGCAUUGUACUGAAGUGAUAAGUAUUCACUAAGAAGAUUGUGUCCAAACCCGUGAAAUUGAGAUGCCUUCUCCUGAGCGCUGGCAGUUUUGAGAAUGCUUGAGCGCCUAGGAAGGGUUAUUUAAUUUUUGUUAGAAUUGCCAUACCCCCUUGUAAAAUUGUACAUUUGUAAUCACCAAAAAGAAUUUCCAGAUCAAUUAGAUUCAUAUUCAAGCAGAUCAGUUUAAUAAUUAAACACAUUGUUUUUGGUUG